AUGGACAUCAUUAGUCAACUUGGGGAUGAUUUGCUCUUGCAAAUAUUGUCAUGUGUUCCGACGAAAGAUGUUUUGGCCACAAGUCUUUUGUCCAAAAGAUGGCGGUCUCUUUGGAAGUUAGUGCCACAACUUGAAUACGAUGAUAGAAAUCACAUUGGUGAUUACAAGAUCUUCUCGCCGUAUGUUUACAGGUCUUUGAUAUCAAAUAAGGCACCCGUUCUAGAAUAUUUGCAUCUGAAACUUGGCAGGGACUGUCCCGCUAUAGAUAUCAGCCUAUGGAUCGAUAUUGCGCUUAGUCGGCGUGUGCGUGAGUUGGAAAUCGUUAUUCGUUCUUGCCAUGUACGGUUUUAUAGUUUGCCGAGUAGCGUAUAUACCUCCGAAACGCUUGAGAGCUUAACACUCAACAAUUGCGUUCUUUUGGAUGUUCCUGUGCGCGUUUGUCUCCCGUCUCUCAAAAGUCUGAGCCUUAAGCUUGUUGAUUACGUAGGCAACGCAUCUCUACCACGUCUUCUAUCGGGUUGUCCAAAUCUUCACGUUUUGUUUGUGCAACGAUAUGCUGAAGAUGCAACUAUGGACUCCACUGUCGUGGUGCCUUCCUUACAAAGACUAACUAUUUUGGACACAAACCAUGCGACAUGUGGUCGGUUUGAGAUAGAUGUCCCUUCUUUGAAGUACCUUAACAUUACAGAAAACGUUGAUUAUAACUCCCGUCAAAUUGAAAAUAUGCCUGAGUUGGUCGAGGCGCAUGUUGAAAUUACUUGUGGAGUUGCUCAUAAAUUUCUGAGAGCGCUUACUUCUGUCCGGCGCCUUUCUCUAUCUUUAUCACUUUCAGAGGUUAUGCAACCUUCUGGUAUGAUCUUCAAUCAGCUUGUUCAUCUUGAGUUGAAUACAUAUGCUCAAGUCUGGUGGGAUCUUCUUACUCAUAUGCUCCAAGAUUCCCCCAAACUACAAACUCUCAAACUCAUCAAUAAACUUAGUUCUGGUGGUCUUGGGCAAAGAAACCCAAAUGUUUGGAAGCCGCCGAGUACUGUUCCUGAGUGUUUGUUGUGUAGUCUUGAGGUUUUUGAGUGGAAUGAGUACCAAGGGAGACAAGGAGAUAGAGAGAUUGCAACAUAUGUUCUAAAGAGUGCUGCUUGUUUGAAGAGAGCCACUUUCUCUCCAAAAUCUACUGACGUGGGAAAGAAGUAUCAGAUGCUCAAGGAGUUAACAUCUGUAGCUACAUCUUCUACUUCGUUCCAACUACUAUUCGACUGA